GGCACUACCUCCAUUAUUUCUGGAAACCGAUCAUGUCAAAGCAUCCAUCUGGAGCUGAGUUUUGAAGGAGAAAAAGAGCAGAGGAAGAAGAAAGUAAAAAAAAUAUCAAAACAGCGGACAAAACAGUUGACUAAUAAUGCAAGUACUAGUCAGCAACAGAGUGAAAAUCAAAAUAUGCAACAGCUUCAAGUAAUUGUAUUUGCUGAAGAUAAAGAUCCUGAGAAACAACUUGCCAAGACAAUGACAGUCACAUACUCCAGUAAAGUAGCAAAUGCCACAUUCUUUGGAUUUCACAGGUUGCUCAUCAAGUGGAAAGGCAGCAUCUACAAAUUGCUGUACAGGGAAUUUAUUGUCUUUGCUAGUCUUUACACAGCAAUAAGUGUGUUGUACAGAUAUUUUCUUACAGGAAGCCAAAAACGGUUCUUUGAAAAAUUAUCAAUUUACUGUGACAAAUAUGCUGAACAAAUCCCAGUCACCUUUGUGCUUGGAUUCUACGUUACUUUGGUGGUGAACCGCUGGUGGAAUCAGUUUGUGAAUCUGCCAUGGCCAGACAGACUUAUGUUCUUGAUCUCUAGCAGCAUUCAGGGAAGAGAUGAAUAUGGGCGCUUACUUAGGAGGACUCUUAUGCGCUAUGUGAAUUUAACUUCCCUGCUCAUAUUCCGCUCAGUGAGCACAGCUGUGUACAAAAGAUUUCCAACCAUGGACCAUGUGGUAGAAGCAGGUUUUAUGACCAUAGAUGAAAGAAAAAACUUUGAUCGUCUUAAAUCUCCCCAUCUUAAAUACUGGAUUCCAUUUGUCUGGUUUGGAAAUCUAGCAACUAAGGCACGAAAAGAGGGUAGAAUUAGAGACAGUGUAGACCUGCAGACACUGAUGAAUGAAAUGAAUAGGUAUCGGUCUUGGUGUAGCCUUCUGUUUGGUUAUGACUGGGUUGGAAUUCCACUGGUCUACACCCAGGUUGUCACGCUUGCGGUUUACACCUUCUUCUUUGCAUGUCUGAUAGGACGUCAGUUUUUGGAUCCUGACCAAGGCUAUACAGGACAUGACUUGGAUCUUUACAUUCCAAUCUUCACACUGUUACAAUUCUUCUUCUACGCAGGAUGGCUCAAGGUUGCUGAGCAGCUGAUUAAUCCAUUUGGGGAAGAUGAUGAUGAUUUUGAAACAAAUUGGUGCAUUGAUAGGAAUUUGCAGGUGUCACUUCUGGCUGUGGAUGAAAUGCACAUGAACUUACCAAAGUUGGACAAAGAUAUUUACUGGGAUGAUUCAGCUGCUCAGCCACCAUAUACACUGGCAGCUGCCGAUUACUGUAUUCCAUCUUUCCUUGGGUCAACUAUUGAAAUGGGGCUGUCGGAUAUAGAGUUCCUCCAUAAAGAGAAGUGGCCCUGGGAUGAUGAGAAAUACAAGCGACAGCCCUCAGUGCUGAGAAGAGUUAAGCGAUUUCUGAGUGUCCAUGAAAGCUCUUCCUCGCCAACUAGGAGGCGCUACAGCAGACAGUCAAGUGAGAACUCGAUAUUUUUCCCUGCCCACGAAACGGGGCACAUCAGCAGCUUGCAAGAAAUGCAUUCUAGAGGGAGACAUUUUCCCUCAAAUGCCAAGAAGAAAUAUGAGCUGGCUGAUAGGAAUUCCCGACUGCAUGCUAGCAUAGAUCUGGCAACUAUUAAUGAAAUCAGCAGAAACAACAUUUUAGAGAGCUACCAAUCUAGUGACAAUGACGCAACAACUAGGGUAGUUCUGCCAGUCCCUGAAGUGGUUGUGGCUGAAACAGAGGACAGAACACCCAACGCAGCAGACUACCAGACUUUAAAGGCAGACCCCUCCACCAGCAUGCCAACAGAACAGGAGCCCAUAGGCAGUCCGAUUGAACCAUGCUCUGAGCCAGGGUUUGUGCCGUUCCCUCAUUCAGAAAUGGCCAUGUGUUUUAGGAAUGCUGGGCAACAUAAACCAUCCUCAGUUAUUACUGAGGAACCAAAACCGGAUUUACCCAAAAGCAUGCCAGCAGGCGAUAGCAAAGAGCGAGACGGGAUCUCUGAAAGGUGUUCCCCAGACUUCCACACACUCAGCAUUACACUACAUACAGAUGCUGCACCUUUUUUCCUGGAAUCUGGAACAUCCUCUGGACAAAGCACCAUUAGCAGUGAAAGUAAUAUUGCUCCUACCUCUGCUGCUAGAGAUACAGUUGAUAUGCAUCACUUACUGGAGCAUUUGGAUACUAAAGAAACAGCCAUACUAGAAUGUAUUAAUGAAAAGAAUGAAGGAAAUCUGUGACAAGGUUGUCAGAACCUUCUAGAUUCCAGUUCUAGAUUAUAUUAUUUAUUGAGGGGGAAAAUAUUUAAGAGCCUCGGCAGCCAUUUGGGGGUUCCCCAAAUGCAGGACACUUUCAUUUUUGAAAAACAAUUCAAACUUUCCGCCUGUUUUGAACCCUAUUUUUAUUCAGAUUUUCUGAAAAUACAGAAACACAAACAUAUUGCUCAGACUUGAUGUACAGUAUGUAAUACAGUUGAUCUUAUUCCCAACGGAAACUACUCAGAUCACGAUGUUAAAGAUUUCCUCUCUCUCAGGAUUCGGGCAAUAUUAAAUUUUAAAAAAGCUCAGCCAGCCAGGAUCCCCACUUCCUGGAUAGAUUUAAUCAGCCACUCUCCAGCUUUGGCACUGUUCUUUGGCCUUUCUCUAAGCACGGACUCCGCCUUUGAACGUGGCUUGGGGAAGGGAGUUCAUAUUGACUAUGACCAUGAUGGAAAAGGGUGUACUGAUUUCCCUCUCCCUUUGCAGAGGAAAAGGGGAUUUCUCUCCAGCAAAUACAUACCCAGCCUUUCUCUCUUGGCAGCCACCCUUUUGCAAAUCAUAUUUGCUUUUAUAACAUAGGCAUGUAAGGAUUUUCCCUUCAACUCUCAUUCAAAUACCAAGAAAUAGUAAUGGUAAAUGUUAUGGACUCCUAUUGAUGUCAUGUCAGUACAGCCACAUCCCUCCUCCACCAUCCUGGGGUAAGGAAGGCUCCAAAGGCAUCUAAACUAAUGCAAUUAUACUACUCAUGGCACGAGGCAGAGCACUGCAGCCUCCCUGGGUGUGCACCGCUCCCCCAGUGCCUGAAGCACUGCUGUGUGGGGCUUGCGCUGUGGUAGCCUAGGAAGGGAAGGUAAGACGAGCCUUAGAAGUGUGAGGUGUGACCAGCAUUUCCACAGCUCUGUAGCUUCACUGGCCAAACUCCCCCUAGUCCCUCAGAAGGCGAGGGAUCGAUUGCUGUAGCUGCAGGGGGACCAUAACAGCAGCCACCAGGCAGUUUCACCAUUUGGAUAAGAGGGUUCCAUAGCCAGCCCCAGACAGAGCACACAGCUGGGGAAAUGGGAUUCUGAGCCAGGGAUCCCAGGCUACUGUGUCUUUUGUCUUUUUUUCUGUCUCUGUCAUUUCUGAUGCAAAGAACUCACUUAAUCUGCCUCCAGGGUCCAAUCACCACCUUGCCACCAUCCUCAACCUCCUUUUUCUCGGCUUCCAAAAGGCUUGGAGUUGUAUUGGAACAGAGCAAUUAUCUGUUCCAUCCCAGUCUCCCAAAGUUGUGCAAAAGGUCACAAGACUUCCUGUGUUGAAUAACCUCAUACUGGGCUAGUAAACAGGAGGGGCUACACAAGUAUUUCACAAACAGCAACUAGCGACAGGGAUAAAUAUAAAUAUUCUGUCCAUUAUCUAUCUGUACAGAAUGGGACUUCAUCUGGGUUUUUUUUACUAAGUUAUCUUUUGGACUAAGUUGGUCACCUAAAGCACCUGUUGCUAUAAUUUUUUAAACAUUAGUUUAGUCAAUUGACUAAUUAUAAUACUAGCUGCCCAACAAUGAAUGGUUCUUCUUUACCAGAAUAAACAAUGUAAUUUAUUUAUUACAUGAAAUGCUUUUUUAAAAAUCAGGUUGCUUUGGUUGUAUUAAACUAUGUCAAGAUAGGUCCUUGCCGGGACCUAACCAAUAGCGUAGGCCACUUUGGAGUACAAGAGCAUCAAUGGGUGGAAGCUAUAGAUGUUGGUAAAGCUGGAAAAAACUGGGGAGAGAGGAAAGCCAGAAUAGAGACAUAUUUCAAAGCAACAGUUUGUUACCAUCCCAUAGAGUUAAUCUUCAACAAGGUGGGCUAUAUGACCGUAAUGUCUCUAAUGAGCUGACCAAUACUGUGGCUUUCUAGAUGUUCAUAUUCUAAGUCAGAAUUCAAAGAACCAGACCACAGAAUGUUCACAUUUUAUGGAAUUUUCUGGGAACCCUCAUUCGUAUGUGACAGAAAAGUGAGUUGACUAAUUUUCUGAUACAAUAACAAUGUUAUGUAUAUCUAUAUGGAAAUGCACAAAAUGUCAUUCAAUUACUUGCCCAAGGAAGCAAAAAUAUCCAGAUUGCUGCUAAAUAAAUAAUACAGUUUUAUAAUAUCUUAUUGUAGGACCAAAUAAAGUUUAUCUAGACAGGCAAGUUUGCUUAUGAGCACUGCACACUUUAAAAACGAAAUUGAGAA